GUUUGAGAGUAAAGCGAUCAUGGGUUCUUCUUCUAGAAAUCUUUAUGCAGGAAUUGGAGAAGGUCAAUCAACCUCUAGGCCACCACUCUUUGAUGGCACCAACUACUCCUAUUGGAAGGAACGGAUGAGAAUCUAUAUCUGUUCCACCAACUUCCAGUUGUGGUUGGUCAUCAAAAACAGCAAAGAAACGCCAAUGAACAAGGUCAGUGAAAAACUCGUCCCAAAGACCGAGGACGAAUUUAAUGCCGAAGACAUCAAAAAGGUGGAGAACUACGCCAAGGCAAUCAACAUGCUGUAUUGCGCGGUCAACCCCAAUGAUUAUCGCAAGAUCUCUUGCUGCACCACCGCCAAAGAAAUGUGGGACAAGCUGGAGGUCACAUACGAAGGUACGGAUCAAGUUCGGGAAGCCAAAAUUGACUUCCUAACACAGGAGUACGAGAUGUUUAGGAUGAAGGAAGGCAAAAAGAUCGAUGACAUGUUCGAUCGGUUCUCCAAGAUCAUCAACAACCUUCAUGCCCUCAAAAAGACCUACGCCAACAAGGAUCUUGUGAGGAAAAUCCUGCGGAGUCUCACACCCGAAUGGAGAUCAAAGGCCGAUGUAAUCUACGAAUCCAUCGGAGUUUCCAAUGUCACCAUCGACGGGUUAAGAGGUAAUCUCAAAACUUAUGAAUCCACUAUUCUAACCCCGUCUUUGGAUGAACAAAAGAAGAAUGGUAAAGCACUUAAAGCAACCAAGGAAACGAUGGAAGAAGUUUCAAGCGAUGACGACAACGAGUUUGGACUCGUCAUCAAGAAGUUUCACAAGUUCAUGAAGAAGGAGUUCGAGCGGAAGGGAAGGAAGCACGACGGUCCUCCCAAGUGCUAUUGCUGUGGUGAGAUUGGCCACAUCAAGCCAAGGUGUCCAAAAGCCAAGCACGGCAAGGACAAGCCCGGUUUCAAGAACGGAUGCUCCAAGCACAUGACCGGGGAUGCAUCUAAGUUUCUCCAAAUUAAACCCGCUAAAGGAGGAAACGUAAUUUUUGGAGACAAUAGCAAGGGAAAGAUUAUCGGCAUUGGUUCGGUAGGUAAAUCUGAAAACUCAUCUAUAGACAAUGUCUUGCUUGUUAAAGAUUCACUCGAAAGAUUACACGUUGAAGACGAUGAAGAAGACACGCCAUUAUACACCAACCUGCAACCACAACCCGAGGAAACACCUCAAGUGAUGGUCGAAAAUGAGGACCAAGCGGACGAAGAAGAACACGAGAAAGCCCAGGAACAAGAGGAAACCGAGCUUCCCAUUGCUUGGAGAACGAACAAGAACCAUCCACUUGACCAGACUUUGUAUUUCACCACUUUGGGACCACCACUUGGCAUCACCGAGCUCAUUCGCCAUGCCUCGGGCCGCCCCACCAUCCACUCCGCGACCCCCGAGAGCCGGCUCCUUCUCUACAUCGUGUCCCGAAUCAUCAAGCCCUGGAAGCAUGGGCACACGAUCAUGUCCGGUGAGGACCUCAAGUUUCUCCACGCGAUCAUGCACACGGCCCUGAUCAAUUGGGCAAAGUUUGUCAUGAUCAACAUGACAGUCGCCGCAUCCACCGACCACGAUCACCUCCUCCCGUACCCGUUCGUGGUGAUGGACAUCCUUGAACGGAUCAAGGUAACCACCACUGUUGGCCCGCUCACAAAGGCCACGAAGCUUUGGAUGAUCAGCACCCAAACCUUCACCAAGCGGUCGGACAACGCCGCGCCUACCACUGCCGCGCCACGCCACACUGCCACUGCCGCUGGCCCAGCCGAACCCCAGGCCCAGGCCAACCUUGCCUCCAUCGCCGACUCCCUCAACCGGCUUCACUUCAAAGUUGACGGGAUGGAUGGCUACCUUGAGCGGCUAGACGAGGCUGUCCAAUGCCAAGGGUAUGCCAUGAACGCGUACUUCCAACGCGUUAACUACGUCCCCCCACCGUACCAUGGCACGUUCUUUGGGCAAGUGUACGGUGACGAGGACGAAGACGAUGACUCCUACCCGUCAAGCUCCCCGGACGAAGAUGAGUUCGACGAUGCCAUCGAUGGGGAUGAGAUGGACAGGGCUGAAACAAGGUUCUUCUGGGCUGGAAAUAAGGAUAAAGCCUACCACUGGAAAAAUUGGGGCCUCCUUUGCAAACCUAAAGAGGCUGGUGGUCUGGGCAUUAGUAGAUUGGAUCUGCUCCAAAUAGCCUUCAACACUAAGUUGUGGUGGGAACUUAAAUUUGGAGACUCACUCUGGAAGGACUUUGUACUUAAAAGGUAUCCUAAAGGGCUGCAAGGGAGAGUCUAUCAAGCAUACUCACCAAUAUGGAAGACUCUAGUUACCAUUGAUCAAAGGUGGAGUCACCUUAACGAUGAUGAAGUCCAGGAGACAGGAUUUCAAAGGGAGAUGGGUGUGGAUGAACAGAUCCUCUUGGUAGAAGAAAUGGUCCACAAGAUUGAUUCAAAGAUUAGAGGUGGAAAUGUCAUCCUAAAGCUACAUAUGGCUAAAGCUUUCGACAACAUGGAGUGGUCUUAUAUACAAGGGGUGCUGAACAAACUAGGAUUUUCAGAUCAUAAUCAGAAGCUGCUCAUGGCUAACCUUAAAGUUCACUCUCUCCCUGCAUCCAUUGUCAAAACUCUCCAUAGGAUGAUGAGCAACUUCUUCUGGGGCUACAACCUAGGGAAGCCUAAAUAUCACUGGAAAAGCUGGAAAGACAUCUGCCUACCUAAUAUUGAAGGUGGACUUGGGAUAAGGGACCUUGGGGAUCUGCAAGAGGCCUACUCGAUCAAGCUUUGGUGGAACUUUAAAUACUCAGAUAGUAAGUGGGCAAUCUUUAUGAGAAAUAAGUACGGCAACACUAAUUUUGAGGAAAACAUUACAGACUCUCCAACUCGAAAAAGGAUUUGCAGAAUACAUUUGAAAGCUAUGGAAAUGUUGGAGGAAGUAAUACCCACAGAAGAUGAAAUGGUAAAGAUCACCAUUAAACAUGCCUAUGAAAGCCGCAGACCUCACUCUACCAUCGCUCUUAGUGACAAAUAUAACUGGAACAACAUGCAAGUACCCAAGGUCAAACUAUUCCUGUGGAAAAUCAAUAACGACAUCCUACCCUUCCCAGAUAACCUCACCAGGAUGUCAUCUAACUUACCUUCUCAAUGUCCUUUCUGUAAAAGAAACGAAGGUUCAGCUAACCACUGCCUACUACACUGUGAAGCAAUAAAAGGGAUUUGGGACAAUUAUGAUCAUCUUAUAGAAGGGCCGAGCUACAGACCUCAUAUCAGCAUCAACCAACACAUCCUUGAAUGGCACCUCAGAUCGGAAUCAAAGACGCUAAAGGGAAACCUAAAAUUGGUGAUUCCAGGGGUCAUAGCAUGGAGCAUAUGGAAACAUUAUGCUUCAAUAACAUUUGGAAAUGAAGUUCUAAAUAUCAAAUCCAUUGAAUCCAACAUCAAUCAAACUAUUAACCUGUGGUGUUGGAAAAAUCGUCAAAAGGGGUGGAUGAUCUACGACUUCAACCUCCAUCAAGCAGGGCUUCAAAUGUUUUCACUCGGAGGAAAGAAUCUCAAAACGCCAUCAGAUGAGAAGUUGGACAGCAUUGAUGGUUCGCCGUAAGAUAGAGGCCACUAAGAUGAACAUUGUAUGCGCAGAACCUCCGUACUAGACUUUUUUCUUGUCUUCCCUGCUUCAUUCACAGUUAUGUGUGUGUUUUUACUUUUGUCUUUCGGGGCUUUGGUCUUGUCCUCCUCAAACUUGUAAUUCCCGUUUACUUUCUGGGCUUUGGUUUAG